CCAUAGUCAGUCAAAAUGGAACUUGCACUUUUCAACGCUAAAUAUGGGUACCUAGAAGGUAUCGUCAGAGGCUAUAGAGCCACCUUUCUGACGCCCCUAGACUAUAAAAAAAUGAAAACAGCAGAAAAUCUAGAUGAUCUGAGAAACAUACUAGAGGGCACCGACUACGGUACCGCGUUCUAUCACGAACAAGAUAUAAAUAACGCAUCAAGCAUAGUAAGAAGAUGUAAUGAAAAAUUGGCAAACGAUUUUGCGUACCUGUGCCAGCAGUCCGAUGGCAAAUUGGCCAUAUUUCUCGACUUCGUAGCGAGAGAAAAAAUGAUUGACAACCUCAUCGCACUACUGCAAGGCGUCAGCAACAGAAAGACGCCAGAAGAACUCAUGGAACGUGUCGAUCCUAUAGGAUGGUUCCGAGGACUAGAAACCCUCAUGGACGCUGAUAUGUGCCAGUCAGUAGAAGACUUGCACCGUAUCAUCCUUUGUGAUACACCCAUCGGGACUUACUUCGAGAGAGUGCUGCCAGCCAUUUCAGAUUCCAAAAAGCAGUCUGUGCUAGAUCCUUCCAGUAUUACGCUGCUCAAGAGCUUCCUUAAGAAGGCAUGGUUGGAAGACUUCUAUGAAUUCUCCAACUCACUGGGAGGCACUUCCGCAGAAGUCAUGGGACAUAUACUGCGCACGGAAGCCGAUUUUAGGGAUCUCGCACUCACGCUAAACUGUAUUAACCUUAGCUCAGUAGUGCAGGACCGCAAUAAACUAUACAGCAGCAUUGGAUACCUAUACCCAUACGGUACAGAACGGCUCUGCAAAGCAUUCAACGAAGCAACACUGCAACAAGCACUAGCACCGUACCCCAAGUAUGCUAGAUUAUACGAUAUGUGCAAGGGUAGCCUUGGAAGAGCCGAAGGAAGAAGUUCAAAGUUUGACGUGGGAGAACGCUCACUGGAAGAUCACUUCUAUGCAGAAAGCGUUAAGCUGUGUGAACAGUGUUUCGAGCAGCAAUUGCACUUUGGAAUUUUCUACGCAUGGCUAAAGCUGAAACAACAAGAAAUACGUAAUAUCGCCUGGAUAGCCGAUAUGAUCCUACUUAAACGCCCAGAACAAUUUGCAAGAGUCCUACCCAUAUUCGAACCCAGAGUGUAAAUCUACUCAAGGUCAUACCGCAAAAAAAAUAGAAUAAAUGGAUUGGAAAUAACAACCCGCUUAACAAUUUGUAUUAAUAUAUAGUACUAAGAUUU